AUGGAUCCCAAGCACUCCGUCGCCUAUGCUGGACCCGGCAAUCACGCCAGCCAGUUCCCUGAGAACCAGAUGCCCAACAUGAUGGGCAGCGUUGACGCUUUGAAUGGUGCUAUCGGUCAGUUUCAAAACAUGACCUUGGGCAACGGCAUGUCCCACAACGUUGGCGGUAUGGGACAAAUGGCUACCGGCCAUCCGUACAUGAUUCCCCAGGACUACAUUCUGGCUCCUCAUCUGCCUUCUGCCCUCGGUAUGGACCACCUCUCCCAGGGUCCGUACGGACCAAGUGGCUACUUGGCUGCUCCUGGACAGUUCAGUCCCUACGUCCCCUACCCCAUGAUGCCCUUCACCCCCGGUCGCGCUGUGAGUGGCAACUCGGCUCUCCAGGACCGCACCAACCGCGGCCACAACGACGUGCCAGGUCUUGAGAAUCGUCGUCACAGUGGCGGUUCUUACACCACCACCGAAUCUGCCCCUACGACCCCUUUCUACAGCGGCGCCGGUAAGAAUGACAAGGGCCCCCGCGUUGCUGCCCUUGAUCGUUCAACCUACACCACGCCUUCUCCCCAGCAGCUUGUCGGCGGCAACAUCUUUGUCGAACCUGCUGCCAAGCACGGCGUCAUCACGAUCCCAGUCGACCGCAACUUGGAGGAGAUCCUCAAGCAGGACCCUCCCGUCCCCAAGGCCGUUCCUGCCGUCUUCACCCCUGCCACCCAGAUGAAGACCCUGGAUCAGAGUUUGGAGAAUAGGAUCCCGGGCAACCGCAAUGUUUACAUUCGCGGUCUUCAUCCGACUACUGAUGAUGAGCUCUUGUACCGCUUCGCUUCCCGAUUUGGCGAGGUGGAGACAUCCAAAGCCAUCAUUGACACGUCCACUGGUGCUUGCAAAGGGUUUGGCUUUGCCAAAUUCUUCGACGUCCGCGACUCGGAGAUGUGCAUCCGGGGCUUCCAUCGUCUCGGAUACGAGGUUGGCUUUGCUCGCGAAUCUUUCAACUCUCGCCUCAAGGCCGAGGGCGAUGAGGGUUCGACCAACCUCUACAUCUCCAACCUCCCCAAGAGCCUGACAGAGAAUCUCCAGGAUCUCGGCGAUAUUUUCAGAGGCUACCACAUUAUGUCGUCCAAGAUCCUGCGUGAUAGCAUGGGCAACAGCCGUGGUGUUGGCUUCGCUCGUUUCGAAUCCCGCGAUGUUUGCGAUGCCGUCAUUAAGCAGUUCAACGGCAUCCCCAUCGGCGAGGAGGGCAUGGUGAUGAACAUUCGCUAUGCCGACACUGCUGGUCAAAAGGAACUCAAGCGGGUCACUGCUGAGCGCCGCCAGUUCCGUACCAACGAGUACAACAUCGGCGCCUACGGUACUCCCUUGGUUGGCAUCCAGCCCAACAUGUACAACCAGCCGGCCUGGAAGCGUGCUCUGCAUUCCACACCGAACAGCUACGCCCCUCGUUCCAUGACUGGCGGUCUCGAUCGAAUGGGCAAGGGGGUCAAGUCUGAUGACUACCAGGCGGGCACUGUUCAGGGAAAUACCCAAUCACCCGCGGAGACUACCGUUGCCGAGAUCUCGUCCGACGACAGUGACGAAGGCGUGACUAUCCACGCCGACUCGACCACGCCCAUCAUUGUCAGCACCCAGUCGUCCCCGAUUUGCAAGAAGGAGAAAAAGUGA